GAUAAAAUUCGUUUGGAUGAGAUGCUGCAGCCAACUAUAUGGCUACACGUGACAUUGUUUAUCUCAAAUUAUUAGUACUGUGUUUAUAUAAAACCAUUUCUGGAACAGCUUAUCUUCAACUCAUUCUAGAAUAAGAUCCUUAUUAAUCUGUAUUUUCAAAACCGAAAUAAGAACAGAAAAGACAAAGAAAAUAUCAAAAUGUCAAUUCCUAAAUAUUUGAGUAAUUCCGAACUAAAAACCAACCUAAGUGGACUUAACAGCGACCGCUUAAUUCAACAAGUCGUCGAUGUUAUCAACAAUAGUACCUGUACCUGCAGCAAACACUCUAAUUACACAGUGACGACCCUACAAACAGCUCAGAUAAUAUUUAGUCGCGUCGUCACCCCAGUUGUAUGCGGAUUUGGCAUUAUCAGCAAUCUGUUGAAUUUCAUUGUACUAUCACAUCGGAAGCUGAACCAGUCGCCAUACACAUAUCUCCAACUUCUAGCAGUCGCUGAUUUUUGUGUUUUGUUCUUGACAUUUUUCUACAACACUGUAUCACAAGGAUCUGGUAACAAAAGUUAUUUUUGGAAGAUUUAUGAUAGUAAAAUUUUCUUUCCGGUCGUUAAUAUUUUUGUGACAUCAAGUAUUUGGUUGACAAUGGUUUUGACAAUCGAUCGGUUCCGAUUUGUACGAUAUCCGUUCCAUGCAAAGACAUUAUGUAAACGAAGUUAUGCUAUCCUUAAGUCAGCUAUCGUGUUUUUUGCUUCAUCGUUAGAAAAUCUGCCAAAGUUCUUUAUGUUCUAUGUUGAACUUGAUAGCUCGGGUGAUUGCUACACAACACAGUUAUCAACGUUUUUCUCAAAUACCGAGUCACUCAUUAUCCGGUGGUUUCAUAUUCUCCUAGUCAAUGCCAUCCCACUGGUCACAUUAACCGUUAUUAAUUUUUAUCUUGUGUAUGCUGUUCACCAAGCACAGAAACUGCGCCGUUGUAUGCAAGCAAAGGGCCGUCAGAGUUCGUCAGUCAUGGACCAACAGCGUAUGACUGUUACACUUAUAAGCAUAACAUUCCUAUUCAUCAUUUGUACAACAAUGUCAGCCUUCGUCAAUCAAGUUAUUGCUGUUGCAUUUUAUGGAGGUCCACAGACUGUAAAGACACCUCUCUUCAAAUUUUUGCGAGCAUUUUCGAAUUUUCUAAUGACAGUCAACCACUCCAUGAAUUUUGUGAUGUACUGUGCUUUCAACCGAAAGUUCUGCCGUGUCUUCCGCAUGACCAUUCACAGGUGGUGUUCAGUGUUUGGUAAAUUUUCUAGAAGUAAGUCUGAUACAAUUGAACACAUAUAACAAAAAAGACACGUUAAAAAGUGAAUUCAAAUAAAAAAAAGUACAAAAACAAAAGCAAAACGGAAUAAAAACAGGAAAAAAAGCGGACUAAAAAAAGAUAAAGAAACAAUAUGAACUGAAAUCAAUUUGAUGCCCAAAAUACAGAAACAUGCAUUCUGUCUUCUCUUUUAAUGUUCCAGGUAGAAGACACCCACCUCUCAACUAUCACUCUUCUCUUCGUGUUUUCAUUUUCUCUCACUUUCUAUUUCUCUCACUCACUCUGUCACAUAUUCUUUCAGUAAACUUUACCUCUAUUCAUAACAUCUAUACUAUAAUGCUUAUAUCUACAAUGUUAAAUUCCCAAUAUCAUUUACAUCAUUGAUAUUAUAAAAGCAUUUCUGUUUAAAAUCACAUUGCUUCAAUUCCUCAAAUAAUCAUGCAAAAGUAGCUGUAAGGCCUUUUUAGACUGCAAAACAGCCGUGACAAACCCCGCAGGUAAAAGAUACAUUAGCAGCAAUGAGUUAUUGUGACUGUUUUUCUUCCACAUUCAUUGAAGAUACCCGGCAUUCAAUAUCUUGUCCAAUAGUAAGAUGAGCAAUGCUUUACUUCGUUCAAAUAAUUGCUGCACAUAAUGCGUUCAGAGAAAAUUGUACUUUACGCUUGUGGCUUCACUGGUGACUAUUGAGCCCAGCUCUUGAUAGACAUACGUCUGCAGGCCAAACUCCAUUCACUACACUGAGGGUGCGUUUUCGAGUAGCUCGUAUAAGUUCAGCAAGCAAAAUCGUGUUACUUCAAGAUUCCCCUCAUAUUUCAUGCAUUCACACACAUACACACACCCACACAACCCCCA